CAGUAGGUUCGCGACGCCUUGGCGCGGCUGCGGCCACAGUGCGGGCGUUCAUGGUCGAGCGCCGCCAGUGGCCUGGCAUCGGCCGAUAUCUAACCAUCUGCGCCAUCGCAACGCCGCGAUCGUUCAAGGUUGGGGCGAUGCACGCGGUGCGCAGCACGUCAUCGCGACGUGAAUCCGCCAUAGUAAGAACCCUUCGAGUCAAGCCCGCAUAAGAAAACUAGGCAGCUCUGCCAGCCCUUCGCUCAGAGCGCAAUGUUUCCAAUCGUGCGGUGGCCUGCUCCUAAGGAGGACGCCGCAACAUAGUCGUUUAGUUGGGCCUUUCAUUCAUGCAUGGCAGUGUGCUCGCUCUCGUUAUAGUCACAAUGUUGGAAAGCAUCAUGUCUCCAAGGUACGCUAUAAUGGGAUCUUUCUGGCCCACCCGGCUGUGGUUCAGCCCCGCGCUCCAGCGGAUUGGGACUGCCGCCUCGUUCAGACACGUUUGGUACACCUACACUGGUGUCGCUGUCCUCUGCAACCUGGUCCUCAUGGGGUUCUUCGCGGAGGACGCGGUCUACGCUGCAGGGAAGACCCAGAAAGGCGACGACCUCGACAUCGCGCGCGUCGCCCUGGACGUCGGCCAUAUUUGUCUGCUGAUCACCGUGACGUGCAUGGUGCCCGAGUCAUUUCUGCGCUGCGGCACUUACGGCUGCCGUGGGCACCAGAGACCGCUUCACGGCGGCGCCGCGGAGGACACCGAAUACGCCGGCGUUGGGACGGGGAGCAGCGACGAGGGCAGCAGCGACGGAAGCAGCGGAGGCGGCUCCGACGGGAGCGCUUGACGCUCGGGUGUGCGGCCGAAA